GGCUCGGCAGCAAACUAUCAUCGUUUGGAAACAGGAAGAUAUUCUUACUCAAAUGCAGACAGACAGGGAUCAUACCAAGACACAUUACAGACGGGACCAGAAACUUGGGCAUGCUUUUGGAUUUGACCGAUGGACAUAUGGGGGACCGCAUUCGGGAUUUCAAUACCAGGAAUGGGGUUUUUCCAAUCAAUAAAAGCUCGAUAUGGAAACGAAGCAGUUUCACUGCUCAAACAAUGGGUCAGGCUCGGCAGCAAACUAUCAUCGUUUGGAAACAGGAAGAUAUUCUUACUCAAAUGCAGACAGACAGGGAUCAUACCAAGACACAUUACAGACGGGACCAGAAACUUGGGCAUGCUUUUGGAUUUGACCGAUGGACAUAUGGGGGACCGCAUUCGGGAUUUCAAUACCAGGUUGAAUAACAAAUUAAUUAAUUUAGAAAUAUCACUCACUAUUUCAACUAUCAAUCGUAUAGAAAAAUCACUGAAACAAGUAAGAGAGAAAGUUUUGACAUUGAUUCCGGGUGAUGUUGUUGACGAAUUUGGUAAAAGACAACAAGGGUCAUGUGAUAAAAAAUUCAAAACCAUCAAAAAAAAGAACAUAAACAAAUUUCAAAACUUGAAGUCGCAACAGCAUCACUUAACAAUCAAAACACAAGAUAAUUGGGUUAAGAAUAUUUCAGAGGUUGAGGUCCCGGAUGAUGUCUUGAGGUUUCUCUCUUUAGGUUCGAAAUUUUCCGUGCCACCAAGUUGCAAUGAAAUCUCAGUCAAACGUUUAAUUGCUGAUGUAGAAACUAUAAUUAAAGUUGUACCAGAGAACGCAAAAAAUACUGUAAGAGCUAAGUUUACUAAUGUAUUGACUAAUUUUUUAAAACAACCGGCAAAGCGUAGCUAUAUAGACAUUUUGUUAAAAAAGACAAAAAAAUUUUUUAAGGAUCACGCUGAGUUGGUCGUUUCUAGGGCCGAUAAAGGGAAUGUGACAGUUAUUAUGUCUAAAGAUACAUACAUUCAAAAAUCAAACGAAAUUCUGAUGGAUCGGACCUAUUACGAGCGUCUCAGAUGUGAUCCUACAUCUACUUACCAACAAAAAGCUAACAAACUUGUCAAGUCAUUAAAAGAUCAAAAACAAUUAACAAAUGAGGUAGCCAAAACUUUAAAUAUAUAUAAUCAAACUUGUCCUAAAUUUUAUGGCUUACCCAAAAUACAUAAACCCCAAUUGUCCUUAAGACCGAUAAUUUCAUCAAUUAAUGCUCCGAACAGUAAACUGGCUUCAUUGUUGACUCAGGUUUUAACCAAAGCAUAUAAUAAGAAUAAUGAUUAUUUCACAGGUGAUUCAUUUGAGUUUUCUUCAUUUAUCAAUGACAAACAAUUACCUAAUAACUAUGUUCUUGUGAGCUUGGAUGUCGUCUCUUUAUUUAGUAAUAUUCCAUAUAAUUUGGUAGAAAAAAGUAUAAAAAAACAUUGGAACAGAAUUAGAAACCACACUGAUUUGUCACAAAUUAGUUUCUUAAAGAUACUUCAGUUUGUCUUUGAUACAACGUAUUUUAGAUUUAACAAUGAAUUUUACAAACAAAAAUUAGGUACACCGAUGGGUGCCAUCAUUUCUCCAAUAUUAGCUCAAUACGUUAUGGAUGACCUACUUGAGGUGUGCGUAGAUAAGCUGUCGUUUCAGUUACCAUUUCUGAAAAAAUAUGUGGAUGAUAUAAUUACUUCCAUACCUGAAAGUUGCGUGAGGGAAACUCUCACAGUGUUUAACAGCUAUGAUGCACACAUACAAUUUACAGUAGAGGAGGAAAUUGAUAAAAGCGUACCAUUUCUGGACACUAAAGUGAUCCGUAACAACGAUAACAAAAUUAUAUUAGAUUGGUACAUAAAACCGACCAGUUCGGGGAGAUAUAUGAAUUUCCACUCUUACCAUACAACGAAAACAAAAAUAAAUUUGGUCAUAGCAUUAAAGACACGAAUCGAGAGGAUUUCUCACCCAUCACUAAGACAAAAAAAUCUUAAUAAGCUUUACGACAUGCUGAUUAACAACUCAUACCCAAGUAGGUUAACUAAAAAAUUGUUAUAUAGCACGACCCCACUAAGAGCUCCAAACCCGCGGAACACGGGCGUCCACUCAGAUAGCCCAGAAAUGGACGAUCAGAGAUGUUUUUAUUUUUCAUUGCCAUACAUUAAAGAAUUAACGACCACACUCACAAAAAUUCUGAGAGCACAAACAAAUAUUAAGAUAGCAUAUAAACAAACAAAAACAUUGGGGAGUGUCUUUAGCAAACUAAAAGAUAAGGAUGAGGUACAAAAGAAUUCAGAAGUAAUUUAUAGCAUCCCCUGUAAUCAGUGUGAUCAGGUAUACAUAGGACAGACAUCGCGAGUACUUAAAGAUAGAAUUACGUCACACAAGAGUGAUUGCAGACUCAAUAAGAACACCUGUUCAUUAGCAACACACUCUAACCAAAUGGAUCACGAUGUUAACUUUGUUGGAGCGAAAAUUCUCCAUAGAGAGAGCAACUACAACAAAAGAGCAACUUUGGAAAUGGUGGAGAUCUUCUUGGAACCGAAAUCGGUCAAUAAAAGAUCUGACAUUGAUGGCCUCAGUGUGAUCUACUCUAAUGUCUUAACUUUACAACCAACCGUCAAUCGAAUGGCGUUUGCUGAUAAUAGUGUCGUCACAAUGUAAUUAUAAUUUAGAAAAAUAGUCCCAAGCCUCUAUACAUUAGGUGCCUUGUAAGCAAAAAGGAGGUAACAAAAGGAGAAAAAAAGAAAGGAAAAAAACUGGACGGCUGGCGGUAGUCAUACUAAUAAAACCUUUCCAUCAUUUGCGUUUUGCGUUUGAAGUAAAAUUCGUUUAAAUAAAAUGUAAUAACAAUUUCGUCUAGAUGGCUGCCCUCGGUUAUAAUAAUUAACGGUCGUAUUUGAUUCUUUCUGUUAUCCGGAUGAGUUUGGUGUUGGCCUAUAAUGGCACUGUAGCAGUAAGUACUUUAACUAGAAGACUUUAGUAUUAAAUAACUAAGAGCCGCUUUCAUAUUGUAGCCCCUGAAGAAGAAAAUAAACAUUUUCGAAAGCUUGGUGUAGCACAAAAGCCUUUUAUUUGAGCCCUCAU